AUGCGCCCUGUUACUGUACUAACUUUAUCAUGUUCAUUCUCACCUUCUUCUUUCCUUAUCGUCCUUGAAGUAGUCGGAUUCUCUUUCUUGUUAUUUAUUGUAUAUACUGUUACCGUCCCCGACUGUCAUUUACUUGGACCUUCACCUAGAACUAUUAAUUUUGGGUGAUUGGACUUUCAGCCAUCGGCAUAGAGUCUCUCUGCCCCUCGAUAGAUAGAGACCCUAGGACACACCCAUUCCCAUAUACCCUCAUAUAUUGGCAGAUAGCUCUCAGAAUGUCGUCGUCAGAUAUCCAAAUCACGCUCCAGCGGCCAUUAAACCUGGACAAGUACGACCGAAGCGUGCCAGCAGCUGACCAAGCACACAACAUUCCCAAGUCCUUCCUCGACUGCAUGGCAGUGAGAGAAGAGGUAUUCGUCAAGGGCCAAAAUAUCCCUCUUCUUCUGGAAGGCGAUUCUGACGAUUGUCGAUCCUAUCACUGGGUUGCGUAUGCAUUAGGUGAGGACGGCACUCGCUUUCCAGUCGGCAAUCUUCGCCUGGUUCCGUUCCCACACGAGGCCCAUCCGCUACCUGGAUCAUCCUUCGACCUGCCAGAAAAUGUUACCGGAAACGAGCUGAUAGCGGAGCCGAGACCUUGGAUUGUGGACAGAGCAACGACUUUCCAUGAUGGAAGGGAAGCUUACGUCAAGCUUGGACGGAUGGCUGUGAUGGAGGAGUAUAGAGGAAAGGGCAUCGCUGGUCAGCUUGUUAGGUCUGCCAUUGCCUGGACCAAGGAGAACCCAACAGCCUUUGAUGUAUCUGGGGCGAUAGAUGAAUCAGGCGCUGAAUUGCCAGGAGCGAUGACGGCAUGGAAUGGCUUGAUCUGUAUUCACGCACAGGAGUAUGUUGCGAAAACAUGGGCGAGGUGGGGGUUCAAGGAGGACGAGAAGAUGGGAAGGUGGACGGAAGCUGGGAUUCCCCAUGUUGGCAUGUUCAUGCGUGUCGAUAUACCAUCGGCGCCAUAAGAAUUAUCACACAUGGGAAGCGUGCGACGUCCCGCCAUAAAAAUAGAUAUAGAAGGUGACAUCAGGAUGAGAAGGUGACAUCAGGAUGACUAAAGACAUUUAAUGAAAUGGCA